GUCUUUAUUUCUUGCCCAACUUGCUUCUUAUUUAGGCCUUACUGAAUCAGAUGAAGGUGGAGAGCAACCACGCAAGCCAGAUCCAUCCCAAUUGUGAAAGAGAUGCAACGCUGCCAUGGUUUAUAAUUCUAGAUCUGUUUGUGCAAUUCUUUUGAUUAAAGUCUAUAUUUCCUACUCGAGUGCAGUGACUGAUCUACCAGAGGCUUCUUGGUCUUCACCCCUAUCUUGGGACAUGGCGAAUCUGAGUUAGGCACCCUUUCCGCUCCGAUGACUGCCAGUUUCUGUAAAAGGCAGGCAGAUGCAGCUGGUUUCUCAGGCUGGACCUCUCUGCUGUCAUUUCGGUCAAAAAAUACCCAAAAUAAAACCUUGAGGGGAAUUGUUUGAGCCUCUCAGUUCUCAUCACUCCUCACGUGAGCUGAAGAGUGUUUUUUUGAGUGUGUGUGGGGUGGGCUCUCUUUACUCCACUGGGAAAUACCAUUGCUUGGGGGAAAUGACAGUGAAGGGAGACAAGAGCAGAGCAAGGCAAACCCAGGAUCGAACUGCAAGAAGGAGGAUGAAGAAUCGCCCAGCCACAGCUCCAGAGCAAACCCCUGCCCCACCCCGGCCAUACCAAGGUGUCCGAGUGAAGGAGCCAGUGAAGGAGCUACUGAGGAGGAAGCGCUGCCAUGCCAGCAGUGGGACAGCUGUCCCACCAACUGCGGUGGUGCUGCCCCACCAGCCCCUGGCGACUUACACCACAGUGGGUCCUUCCUGCCUUGACAUGGAGGUCUCUGCUUCCACGGUGACAGAGGAAGGGGCCUUGUGUGCUGGCUGGCUCUCCCAGCCUGCUCCUGCCACCCUGCAGCCCCUGACCCCCUGGACACCUUAUACUGAGUAUGUGUCCCAUGAAGCCGUCAGUUGUCCCUACUCAGCGGAUAUGUAUGUGCAGCCCAUGUGCCCCAGCUACACAGUUGUGGGGCCUUCCUCAGUGCUGACCUAUGCCUCCCCACCACUCAUCACUAACGUCACGACAAGAAGUGCCGCUGCACCCACCAUGGGGCCCCAGCUGGAGGGCCCUGAGCACCAGACACCCCUCACCUAUUUCCCAUGGCCUCAGCCCCUUUCUACACUGCCAACUUCCACCCUGCAGUACCAGCCCCCAGCCCCAGCUCUGCCUGGGGCUCAGUUUGUCCAGCUCCCCAUCUCUAUCCCUGAGCCGGUCCUUCAGGACAUGGAUGACCCCAGGAGAACCGUCAGUUCCUUGACCAUCGAUAAGUUGCUGUUGGAGGAAGAGGAUAGCAAUGCCUACGAGCUCAACCACACGCUCUCUGUGGAGGGAUUUUAGGCUUGAGAAUCCUUUUUCCUGAAAUUAGGAUUUUUAAUAUGAUCCUCGAGGGAGCCCAGCUUCCAUAUCUGGGCUACACUUUCUACCCCCAACCACAGUCAGAGUUUUGCCUUUUCUUCCAUCUCUCUUCAUUUUCUACAUAAUUUUCUUUCUUUCUUUCUUUUCCCCAUUUCUUUUUCCAAUUUUCUUUCCACGAGGUGGAAAUAGUGUGAUAUCAACCAUAAUACUUUAUGCCAAGUGUUCACAAGUUGCUGUUGCAUGUGUUCCUGGGAAUAGUCCCCUUUUUUCUUGUGCCUGCUGCUUUGUGGUAGCUGUGCACUGCAGAGAUGUUCUAGGUUGUUACUCCCACUGUCAUUUUGAGAUGCAUGGGGUGCUGGGUGGGGAACCAGCACUGCCAGAACCUCCUGGAUGCAACCACCCAGGGUAGACCAGAUGCCAGAGGCCUUGAGCUGUCAGUUUUUACAGUUGCUCUUUCUUUGUUCUUUGUAGCCUUGGCCAGAUUUCUGUUCUGGACAUCAACCUCAAGGGCUGGGACGCUGCACAAUGCUGGGUUAGGGGUAAGGAAGGAACAUCUGGAAGGGUAGGGGCAAAGUCAGCAAGAAGACAGAGGGUAAAGAGAGUGUGUGUGUGGAGGAGGAGGCUUGGGGGAGGAAGGCAGAGGAAUCAUCUAGCUCCAGCUUACUUGGUUACUAAGAAGCACAUAAACGUGGGGGAAACUAUUGCUUUCAGAGGUGGCUAUAUAGCUGCUUUUGAGAAUGCUUGCAAGGAAAGCAGAACUGUUGGAAACAGGAUGAAUGAGCUCUUUGGCCAUUUCUUCCCCUCUCCAGAUCCUUCACCACAACCCCCUGAAGCCUCAUAGCAAGGGUGCACUUGCUUAAUGCUAUGAAAUGAGCUUCUUUUAUAUCUUUCAUCGUGUCUAGGUCUCCAUUACGUAGAGCCAAGGCCACUUCUACACGAAUACCACUCACCAUCCUUUCCAGAGCCUCAGCUAGAGCACCCGUAGUUUUCAUUUCAAAUUUUAUGUUAUUUUUACUAGUGAAGCAUUUAGACUUUUCAAGUCUCAGCUCUGAUGGUGGUUGCAGGCCCACGUACUGGCACAUUGCCUGCUAAUGACACCCAUGACCUCUACAAGGCAGACACUUGAGCUGUGCAAUCUACAUAGAACGAAUAGACAUUUUACAGGAAAUGACAGUUUCUUCUUUUUUUAGUUAUUUUAUUUUUAUUGAAAAGGUGAUGAGCAGGAGUUUCACAGUUGCAUAAG